AAUACAAAGCGUUGUCGGCCACGACAAGACGGCGGCGGUGUAAGUCGACGGGGUGAAGAACAACAACAACAGCGGCGGUGGCGGCCUCCGCAGCGUCUGUGGUGGCGGCGGCGGUGGUGGUGGAGGAGAAGAACAACAACAACAACAUGGAGCAGUGCGUGAACGUGGAGCGGGAGGUGGACCGCGUGCUGCAGAAGUUCUCCGCCUAUGGCGAGCACUGCGAGAGAACGCUGGAGAACCUGGCGCAGUACGUGACGGGCAUUCGCCAGGAGCUUGCGGGAAUGGGCGAUGAGGCGGAGCUGAGUGCCACCCAUGCCCUGGUGCUGUCCCACUGCUGCAAGAAGAUCCGUGACACGGUGCAGAAGCUGGCGUCCGAUCACAAGGACAUCCAUGGCAGUGUCUCCAAAGUGGGGAAAGCCAUUGACAGGAACUUUGAACCCGACAUCAGCAGCGUGGCGGUGGAUGGGGUGUUCAGCACGCCCGAGAGACAGCAACUUCUCAACGAUGUGAUCGUGGAGCACCUGUUCAGGCAGGGCAUGCUGGAUGUUGGCGAGCAGCUCUGUCAGGAAGCUGGGCUACCUCUUGACCAGAACCAGAAGGAGCCAUUUAUUGAGCUCAAUAGGAUCCUGGAGGCCCUGAAGAUGCACGACCUUCGACCUGCCCUGGCAUGGGCUGUGUCGAACCGCGAGCGCUUGCUCGCGCAGAACAGCUCACUGGAGUUCAAGCUACAUCGUCUCUACUUCAUCCAACUGCUGUCGGGCGGUGGAACCAAGCAGCGGGAGGCAUUGGAGUACGCACGCAAUUUUCAGCCGUUUGCCAGCCAGCACCAAAAAGAUAUCCAGGUGCUCAUGGGCAGCCUCAUGUACCUGCGCCAGGGCAUCGAGCAUUCGCCCUACACUCACCUGCUGGACACAAAUCAGUGGGCGGAGAUCUGCGACCUGUUCACCCGCGAUGCCUGUGCUCUGCUCGGGCUAUCUGUUGAGUCGCCGCUCAGUGUCAGUUUUUCCGCUGGCUGCAUUGCCCUGCCGUCCCUCAUCAACAUCAAGGCGGUGAUCGAGCAGAGGCAGUGCACGGGCGUAUGGAAUCAAAAGGAUGAACUGCCGAUCGAGAUCGAUCUGGGCAAGGGCUGCUGGUACCACUCGGUGUUCGCCUGCCCAAUCCUCCGACAGCAGACGACGGAAUCGAACCCGCCGAUGCGCCUCGUGUGCGGCCACGUCAUCUCGCGAGACGCCCUCAACAAGCUCGUCAACGGAAACAAGCUUAAAUGUCCCUACUGCCCCAUGGAGCAAGCUCCCAGCGACGCCAAGCAGAUCUUCUUCUAGGAAGACUGCACGUGCACCAGAAUACGUCAUCUUGUUGGUUUGGGCACGUCCUCUUCAUAGGCCGCGCUCGCCCAAGAAGGGAGGGAGGGAGGGGGGGGGGGAGUCCCAUUUUAAAAUCCACGCGUCGGACUAAACGUCGCACCGCCACGUUUGUCAUCACGUGCCGCUCCCACGUAACGAUUGUCCAUGUCCCCGUCGCGCUAUGCCCGACCGUUGAUUUUUUUGUUUGUUUUGCACACGGGGGUGGGGGGGGGGGUAUUUGUGAGCGCGCAAGUUUUUUUCCGAAUGAACGCGACGCACAUAGCAGAGGGCAAAAAGUAAUGCUAUUGCGAGAGAAGCUCCUGGGCACGUGGAGCGAAACGUCGGACGUCGUCCCGGGCAACGCGCGGGUACCAACCCGAAUACGCAUCCUGAGAAGACCCAAGUGGUAACCUUUUUUUUAAGCGAUGCACUCGGUCAUCUCGGGGUACCGCUCCAUAAUCGCAACUGGUCAUUGUAUGAUUGGCUGCAUUGUAAUUGCUUGAGGUCAUGUGCUCCUCUGAAGAGGCUGGAGGAUGGGCGGCGAGUAUACAUUAAGUUUAGCUUUAUUUGGUUCUGCUGUUGCAUUCGAGUAUUACUAGAAUAGUAACACGAGGUUAUUUAUUAUGUAUUUGUAAAGAAAUGAAGCAACAUAACUUAAACACGCAUACACCUUUUGUGAUUGAAAGAGUAGAGUUUUAUAUAGUUUUUUUUUAUUUUUACGAUUGGGUCUCCGAAAGUGAUUGGUUGAAAGUGGUGUAUUGAGAUUUGAUGGUGCUUUGUUGUGCAUGCAUUAAUUUUCUAUUAUUUCCACUUAAUUAAAAUGAUAAUAGAUACAUUUUCAGGAUAAAAAGUCAGCUUUUGUUUUGGAAAUCGUAGACCUUUUACAAUAAACACUUGCUUCAAACUUUC